GGGCGGGGGGGGGAUAGGAGGCAUGGGGAGGGCACCAUAAAACCACAGGAGCCCCUGCAGGCAGAACAGAACAGCAGGCUUUUCCUUCAGAGACGCGUGGUGAAAGUCUGGAUGUGAGCAGUGUGACCAUCAUCAUCAGCAGCAGCAGCAGCAGCCAUGAAGUUUCACACCCUCGUCUUGCUUCUGUUCUUCACCUGCAUGUAUCUGAGUUUGGCACAAGGAUCCUAUGAUAACUGCUGCCUUGGCUACGUGAGAGAACUCGGUCCAAGAAAGAGGAACAACAUUGUGAGCUACAGGAUUCAGGAAACAGAUGGAGAUUGCAACAUCAGAGCUGUUGUGUUUCUGAUGAAAAAGAGGCGUGGACUUGCAAAGCAGCGGACCGUCUGCGCCAAUCCAGAGGACCCGUGGGUCCAGGAGAAGAUGAUGGAUUUGCUCAUGAGAAACUGAGUUGGCCGAAAAAAGAGGGCGGAGCGGCUGUUCCACCUCCCUGCCAGGCGUCAAGUCUCAUCUGCAAGCAGAUCCUCAUGGGUUGUGUUUAUCGCCGAUUUCUUUAUGCCGAAAGAGAAUGUGAAUCCUGUCCACGGCUCUUUGUAACACAGACAAAACUGUAUCCUGAAACACCCUCAUCAUAUAGCCAGUAGAUACGUUUCUGCGAGCCGUUGUCUACUCCCUGAAGAUGUACACAAGCUGCUAGAAUGAGCUAGUCUUUGGCAGCUUCCAAAUGUGAAUAAACCUGGGAGACUUUUGUGAAAAGCUGAGUUUUUACAGACUUUCCUAUUUUUGUAUCAGCACUCUUACCUUUGCUUUUUAUUUUUUCUACAUAAAAUAAAGACGACAUGUAAACAAGA